GGAGCAGGUUCUUUUGUUUGCUAGUUCUAAUGGAACUCUUUCAUUCCUUCAGCCUCCAGUGGUAUUUCAACACUUUCCUUUGAUUGCAACCGCUUGAACAGCAUCACAAAACACAGAAGAUCCCAAUGCUAACGUAAGGUAGAGAUCAGUCGAGAUGGAGAAAGGUUAUCCCGGGGAUGGUACUUCCGCCCCUUACCCAGGACCUCCCGUGAACUUUGGGGGGAUAGCCACGGGCCAGGGCCCCCAGCCAGGCUUGUACCCCCAGCCCCCAGGGGGAUACCCUGCCUCCCCUGGUCCUCCACAACCAGGGUUCCAGCCUGGUCCCUACCAGGGAGGUCCCCAAGCAGGUGUGUACCCACCUCCACCACAGUACACCUCUGGACCAGGUGGACCGGUGCCAGUCGUGACCCAGGUAAUAAUGACUCCUAGCCUGAUGGAGGUCGGAGGUUCAGCCAUGUGUCCCCACUGCCAGCAGCACGUGGUCACCAAGACAGAGACCAACCCUGGCCUGCUCACCUGGCUCAUCUGUGGUGGCCUCUUCAUUGUUGGGUGCUGGCCAUGCUGCGCCAUCCCGUUCUGUGUAGACUCAUGUAAAGACGUGGAUCACAGCUGUCCCAACUGCAACAAAAUCAUCUACGUCUACAAACGGAUUUGAUAUUAAUUUGACCUGACGUCACUGUACUAACUUUAUCUGAAGGACUGGGACAUGGCAUUUGAAUCAAAUCAGCAUUUGUGUAAAUGUAUGAGGUUCGUAUUCACUAAGGUAUGUGAUGUUGGAAAAUGUUUUACAACGAAGAAUCAAAAACAAAUAUUUCUUAUUUGUCACGUCCUGACCAGGUAAAAGGGUCAUUUGCCAUAGUAGAAUGGUCAGGGCGUGGCAGGGGGGUUGUUUUGUGUGUUUUGGGGUUUGUUGGUUUCUAGGGGAAUGUGUUCUAGUUUUCAUUUUCUAUGUUUCGUUUUCCAGGUUUGGCCGAGUAUGGUUUCCAAUCAGAGGCAGGUGUCUUUCGUUGUCUCUGAUUGGAAGCCAUACUUAGGCAGCCUGUUUUCCUUUGGGUUUUUUGGGUGGUUAUUUUCCGUUUAGUUAUUGUACCUGACGGAACUGUUUUGUCGUUUGGUUAUUUUUGUUUAAGUGUUCUCUCUAAAUAAAUGAAGAUGAGCACUAUACACGCUGCGCCUUGGUCUGUUCAAAACGACGCUUGUGACAUUAUUGUACAAGUUCAGGUAGUCCCUCCCUUUUUCAGUCCAUUUUCUCCCAUUUGGUGCCUAAUGAAUACAACCCAGGGGUAGCCAAAAGGGUUAUGUCUAUCCUGUAUAGUCCCUGAGCAGGUGGUGAGCUUCCCUCAGCUCCACAAAAUACUACAUAAUAUAUGCCAUUUAGCAGACGCUUUUAUCCAUUUUUGUAUGGGUUGCCCUAGCGGAAAUUCAAACCCACAAGUGCCAAGCUCUAUUAGGUUCCUGGCCAGACUUGACCCUUGUAGUGACUACCAAAGAGAAUCCUGAUACCAAAGACUGGUAGUAGCUGCGCUAUAGCUGUUUCACUGUAGUUCUGUACUCGUCUGAAGUCCAUGGAAGUAAAGGAACUUCUAAACCACUCUACUUCUUAUUGUUAUAUUGAGAUGUAUCUAUCACCAUCAUACUUCCUAUUGUUAUAUUGUGAUGUUUUUGUUAUUACACUCUUGCAGUCGUUCCCUCACCGAUCUCGUUCUCUUUUUUCCUCUGAACGUUCUACUACUCAUUUGUCAUGAAGGACCAUUGUCAAUAAUUACAAUGGAUCUUAUGGUUGUCUUUUCACAUCCUGGCCUGUUGCUCUGUAAAGCUCUGAUUAAAGUUGUCUGUAUUGAA